UUUGGACAUAAAUAAACAAGCGUUUUUUUUUUUCUUUUUCUUUGGGCAUCUUUACCUUUGCUUCCCAUGCUUGCCAGUGUUCUGAUUAGUAAAUGAUUAGGAAUGUUGGAACGUUAAAGCAGCCAAAUAUUUGGCACGCCUAGCCCCAUGGAAUCGCGGUUUUGCUUAAUGGAGCAAAGUGGCAGGGCCUGUUUGUUGCUGUGUAGUCAAUUGCAAGUUGAGCACAGUGCAUGUGUAGGUGCUGGAAAGAAAGGCAUAUGGUUUUAAGGAUUUGAGUGGGAAAAGUAGGAGAUGGCCCCAACUUGCUCAUGUCUCCUUUGCAUCGUCUGCAGUGCUGCCCUUAACCCACAUUCUUGCUAUAUUGAGUCGUGACUGCCAGCUUUUAUUUAUCCUGCUUGUGCCGUGUAUCCACAUUGCACAAUCCGUUGAGAUUCUCCAAUGUCAGUAAAGUUGCAUGUAUUGGUGAUGGUGCCUCCUGCAUUGAGCUACUCUGUGCGUAACAUGAGGAGAUCAUGUAUGCCUACCAGCUUGUUUUCGACGUUGCUUGUAUCUGCAUGUCUCCGGUAGUGUACUACCCACAUAUUGUUGUUCCAGGAAAGAUGGAAUUAUAUGUGUUUGCCACGACUUUAUAUCGUCACUGGAAUGGUGUCAUCGCACAAGGUAGUAGUAGGUCGUUUCAAAUCAGAGUUGACUUGGCGUCGUACGCCCUUGAGGAGGCCAGACGUACAGAGCAAUAGCACUAGCUCUACAUACUGGCGCACACAUAUAUAGAGUGGUCGAUCUCCAUGCCGGUUACACCACCCAACGAAGAGUAGCCAGUAGACCGACAGCGCGGGCACGAGUCCACGGCAGUUCAGUUGAUGAUGUAUCACUGGAGCACAUCGUCUCCUACUCCUUAUUAUAGCAACAGCGGCAGCGGCAGCGGCAAUGGUCCCUUGCUCCCCUCCAUGGCGUCCAGCAGCUACGGUGAUCUGCUGCUCCUUCAAGAGCAGCAGCAGCAGCAGCAGCACUACUACUCCUACUCCCAGUCGAUGCAGCGUGUGAUGAGCGCCGGAGACCUCCAAGCUCUCGCGGCGCCGCCGGGGCCGGGGCAGGCUCCGGUGGGGCGGUACAGCGCGGAGGAGCGGCGGGAGCGCAUCGAGAAGUACCGCACCAAGCGCAACCAACGCAACUUCCAAAAGAAGAUCACGUAUGCUUGCCGGAAGACGCUUGCGGACAGCCGGCCGAGGGUGAAGGGCCGCUUCGCGCGCAACGUCGACGACGACGCAGCAGCAGAUCAGCCGGAAGAUGCGACGACGACGGGGGCGGAUGUGUCUCUGCUCAACGACGCCAGCAGCAGCAGCAGCAGCAGCAUGCCGCCGGAGUGGUGGCCGGCAAUGCAGGGCGCGCUGGCCGUGGAGGACGACGAGCUCAUCGCCUCCUACCUCGCCGUCUCCUCCAUCAACCUCUACUAGCUAGCUACCUCCUUAAUUACUCCUCGCAUCGAUCUACAAAAUUCACUCGCAAUUAGUUACUUAAUUUAUCUAUCGUCUACCUUCUCUCUCAACAAAGCUAGCUAGCUAUAUGUACUGGAAUCGCCCAAUACUGUUGUUCAAGUGUUUAUUUAUGUUAAUAUAUUUUUAGCAAAA